GGGUCUGCCAUACUAUUGGGCUUAAUCCAAGCCCAUACAUGAAACCCUAGUUCCUAAAACUAUUAAAACACAAAACUUCUUUGUUUCAUAGUUCCAUUUUCACGGCAGCACAAAACUUCGUCUUUCAGAUCCGGAUCCACGCGCCGCCAUCAUGGUGAACGUUCCAAAGACGAAGAAGACAUACUGCAAGAGCAAGGAGUGCAAGAAGCACACACUCCACAAAGUGACUCAAUACAAGAAGGGUAAGGAUAGCAUCGCCGCUCAAGGUAAGCGUCGUUACGAUCGCAAACAGUCCGGUUAUGGUGGUCAGACUAAGCCCGUCUUCCACAAGAAGGCUAAAACCACUAAGAAAAUUGUUCUGAGGCUGCAAUGCCAAGGUUGCAAGCAUGUUUCCCAACAUGCUAUCAAGAGGUGCAAGCACUUUGAGAUUGGUGGUGACAAGAAGGGCAAGGGAACUUCUCUUUUCUAGGUGGAGAAUUAGGAUUUAUUACUGUUUUGAUGUGUUAUUUUCCGUGUUGGGAUGUUUUGUUUCUCUAUGGAUUUCUCAUAGCUAUAUUUUAUUAUUUGGAAUACUUUUUUGUGAUUGACAAGUGAAAACUAUUGCUAAUAUCAAUCAGUACUUGUUUUUGUUACUU